GUUAGAAAAAAAAAAACAAACAACUGAGCAGCUGAGUUACUUUAAAUUCAAUAAACAAAAAGGCUGCAGUUUAUUUAUACUUUGCUCUUGGCUCAGUUUGUGCAAAAUCUAAUCGAGUGUGCUCUUUAGAAGACAGAACGAGAAAAAAAAGGACUCGCAGCGAAUUUGCGUAUUAACGCAAAAUAACAACAAACGAGAACGGGGCAAAGGGGCCACGCUCUGAAGCUGUUGGAGAGGGGAAGGAGGAAACAAAACAUACACACACACACACAAUGGUUGAGCCUAUUUUUGAUUAUCAAUUUCGCUUAAUACUCAUCGGCGACAGCACUGUGGGCAAAAGUUCGCUGCUCAAAUUCUUUACAGAUGGAAAAUUUGCGGAGCUAUCUGAUCCCACAGUGGGCGUUGACUUUUUCGCCCGCCUCAUCGAAAUGAAGGACGGCAAACAGAUCAAACUGCAGCUGUGGGACACGGCCGGACAGGAGCGUUUCCGUUCAAUAACAAAGUCCUACUAUCGCAAUUCGGUUGGCGUGCUGCUCGUCUAUGAUAUAUCGAAUCAUGCCAGCUUUGAGCAUAUACCCCUCUGGAUGAUGGAGGCGCAGCGUCACAUCGAGCCGCAUCGGCCGGUGUUCGCGUUGGUCGGCUGUAAGCUGGAUCUGGUGAAUGCGGGCGGGCAUCGUGAGGUGUCCACCGAGGAGGCGCAAACAUUUGCCAAACAGCAUGGCCUGCAUUUUGUGGAGACAUCGGCGCGCACCGGCGCCAACGUUGAGGAGGCUUUCCGCAUGGUCACACAGGAGGUCUAUGCCCGCAUACGUUCCGGCGAAUACAAGGCCGAGGAUGGCUGGGAUGGCAUCAAGUCGGGCUUUGCGCGGCCCAAUAGUCUGGACUUUAAUCUGGUUAUGGCUGAGCCCGAGAAAUCCUCCUGCUGUUGAUUUAAUUAAACCGAAUGCGUGUGUUUAAUUUGAUUUGUUUUGUUUACAAUUUUCCAUACAUAU